AUGGCGAUGAUGAAGAUGCCAAACGAAUACGCAAAGCUAGAGAAAGAAGAUCCUAGUGAGAUGAUCCACAGGAGAGCUCAGUUUCUGAUCCAAAAGAUUCUCCAACGAGCCGACACAGAGACAUUAAGACGGCAACAGAAAAGAAGUAUAUUGAUCAGAACGUCUUCGUUUAGAGUGGUGGGAAUGAGAGUGAAGAUUGGUAAGAAGCUUAGGAAGCUACGGAAGAGUUGUGUAGUGGCGAAUAAAUAUAGUGAUCUUAUGCCACGUUUCCUUAAAUCUCUUAGGCGUUAUUUCUUAUGUUCAUCUUCUCGGAACGUCUCUGAUCUUCCUCCUCUCUUUGCCAUCCACGUUUGAAUGUUUUUAUCAGGACUAUAUUUUAUUUUUCCUAUCAUACCAUGUCAUAUAUAUAUUGAAUAAAACCUCAUCAGUGGUGUCUUAUCACUUUUUCUCUGGGGUCAUAACUAUAUGAAUCGUGUGGAUUCUAUAAAAGUUUACAGACAGAAUUAUUAUCAAAUAUAAGGAUCUUGAUUGUCAUAUUGUGACAU